UGUAUCAUCGUUUGGAAUGAUAGGUUGCAGGUCUAUAUUCAGAGUCGACCGAGUUCUCAAAUUUACCAAUACAUAUGUUGCAUCAAGGCCUACACAUUAUUACUUUCAGGGACAUAGCACUUAUCAUUGUUUAAGCUGUGAUUUUAUGAUGAGUGGUAGGAAGAAGAAAGUAUGCAUUGAAGACAGUAGCAAGAAACAAAAAAUCAUGAAUUCUAUAUGGAGACCAGUUGCCACUAAUGCCAGUUCUUGUGAAGAAAGCUUGAUAAAGGAUGCAACAAUUGAGUCAGAUGAUGGAGGCAAAGUUCAAGAAGGGGUUUGUAGCACAUCUAGAACUAUUUCAAAUGAUCACCUCAUGAAGGUAACUGCUGAACCAAUGUAUGAAAUUACUGAAUCAGUGACCAGUUCCAGCCUAUUGCAGGAUAAUGUUGAGAACAAAGUGCUAGAAGGAGAUUCAUCUCUCUCCAUUGAAAAGCAUUCGAUUUCUGUGAAGGCUGGUGCUUCUCUAUUUCGAUUUAUUAAAGGAAAAGGGGGUUCCACGCAGAAAAUGAUAGAAGAGGAGAUGGGGGUUAAGAUAAUAUUACCUUCUUCAAAAGAAGAGGAAUUUGUUACCAUAGAAGGCAGUUCGAUUGAUAGCGUGACUUCAGCUUCAGAGAAGAUACAGGCUAUAAUAGAUGAGACAGUUAGGAGCCGAAAUCUUGAUUAUUCACACUUCAUAUCCCUUCCGUUAGCCAUCCAUCCUGAUUUAGUUAACAAACUCAUCAAUUUUCAACACUCUAUUUUGGGAAAUGGUGAUUCUUGCAUGGAUGAGAAUCUUGACACUGAAUCCGAUGAGGAUACUACUGACAAAAAAGAAGUGGAUCAACUGUCAAAGGAAAAUGCUGAUGUUGCAGUUGAACUUAAAGUUGAUGACGGCAGUGAAUCAGUUAAAGUUAAUCUUACUAACAUACCACUUGUCACUUAUGCACCUAAAGCAUCCAAGUCUUCAGCUUCAUCUGACUUGGGAAUUGAAAAAUCUAUAUUCAUCAAGCCUAAAACGUUUCACCUUACCGUACUCAUGCUUAAGUUGUGGAAUAAAGACCGUGUAAAGACAGCUGCUGAGGUCUUGCAGAGUAUCUCCUCAAAAGUUAUGGAAGCGUUGGAUAAUCGGCCUGUCUCUAUACAAGUAAAGGGACUGGAAUGCAUGAAAGGUUCUAUAGCAAAAGCCCGUGUUCUGUAUGCUCCUGUGGAAGAAAUUGGCAGUGAGGGCCGUCUUCUACGUGCCUGUCAAGUCAUAAUUGAUGCAUAUGUUGAAGCUGGACUUGUCUUAGAGGAUGAUGCCAAACAUAGCCUGAAGUUGCACGCUACUGUGAUGAAUUCAAGGCAUAGGAAAAGGGCAAAGUGGACAAGAAAGUUUGAUUCUUUUGAUGCACGGGGCAUAUUCCAGCAGUAUGGAUCAGAGGACUGGGGACAGUAUCUUAUUCGUGAAGCUCAUCUUUCGCAGAGAUUUUCAUUUGAUGAAAAUGGAUACUAUCAUUGCUGCGCUUCAAUGCCUUUUCCUGAAAAUAUGCAGGUAGAAUGAUUGACGUCUUCUUGAUCAUUGCCUGACUUUCUCCUAUGUGGAAUAAGGAUUUAGGAGUUGCUUCUAAAGUCUUCUAAACUUAACUAGCUGUCACUGAAAAUGCUUGACGACAAACUUGGGUAACAUACCCAGAAAAAGAAAGAAAAAGGAAAAGUAGGGUACUAGAGUUAUGCUCGGCAUUUAGAUCAACUCUGGGUUCAAAUGUCUUGCUUGGCAAUUGACAUGGCCUCUUGUAGACCUCAACUUCUUAAUCUGUAGUUCAAAUCUGUUUAUAAGUUCUCCAUAUCUGUAAAAAUUCUAUUAGUUGAACAAAUAAAAUCUAUAAAGAUAUAUAUAUUAAA